AUGCAAACUAUUGCAGCCCUUGUCGGCCUGCUCGUAGCCGCCGCCUUCGCCUCACCGUCGGCCAUCGCGGGCAAAGUGGAUGCUGACCGUGUCGCCCACAAGCGCACCACCGAGACCGUCCAGUUGAUUGCCUACGGCACCAACAUCUCGGGUCUCCCAAUCUACGCGGGUGCUGACAACCUCGCCUACGUGGCGACUCCCACGGCUGCCGCCCUUAGGAACCUGACCGCCAUCACCUGGACCAUCGACACGACCGGCGAAGACGCCUGGACGGUGGCGCCGAGCACGGGUGCAUCGAACAUGACCCCUGGCUCGUUGUUCUACAUUGUCUCCGCAUCCGAAAGGGGCGACUCCUUUGCGCAGGCCGGGUUCGUGUCGGACGCGUCGGACGCGCCAGCCGGCGCCACCACGACGGGCUUCAUCGCCUACGGUCCCUACGUCAUCGUCGCCGUCGAGAAGGCCGACGGCACCACGUCGUACGUCUCCGAGUUCUGGGCCCUAGCAGCGCCCGGCACCGACGGCCUCUGGACGGUAAUGUGGAACGAGGCCAACAAGGUGCAUGCCAAUAGCGCGCCCCUGAGCGUCAAGACGACGGCACCGGUCAAGUCGACGGUAUACUCGGUGAGCACCACUGGUCAAGAUUUCGGUGCUACCGUGGCCCGCCGGCUCGCCCGGACGGUGGAAGGGAGCCACCCCUUCCAGAAUGCUAAAGUUGCCGACGCUCCAUUCGUACCGGUCAACAGUUUUUGCGGCACACCUCCCCUGUCUCUCUUGGCGGCUGUCACGGACGGGCGACUGGCUCUGUCUACCGAUUUGUUGCCCGGGAAAGGUGUACUGCGGUUUCCUACACCUCCCUCGUCGCAUGAUAUUGGCCCAGGCCACUGUGUCUGGACCCAAUAUGCACGAGACAGGACGACUCGUGUUCAUUCGCUUUGUCUAUAUCCGUUUGCCUUCUUCGACGGAAGCCAACUCGGCGUUUCUACGUCGUCACUACGUGGGCCAGCCGCAGGCCUGCGGGACGUGUACGCCUCGUCGCUGGAGCCGGUCGUCGUCUGCGUCGGGUUCUACAGCACCCAUCGCGACCAGUCGUGCCAACGCCUCCGCGACCUCGUCGGCCCUGUCGAAUUCUUCGUCCCAGCACCUCUGUAUUAUGGGACCCGCCAUGUUGCCCUCGAGAGACGGGAACGUUUCCCCCGCGUGGCUCGAUUCCACCUCUUCAUCGGAUAA